AUGGCGGAAAUCGAGUAUCUUAAAGGGCUAAAGGCCGUUCGCGAAAGAGCUCAUCUUGUUUUGGAAGCUGCCACCCAGGACAAUCUGACACACUUCUCAUAUUAUCCGGACUUGAUGCCUGGCGUGGCAGAUUUUGUGGCGGGUAUCAUCAACAGAGACUUUGGUCCCAAUCGAUUCCAAGAGAUUCCUCCCCAUGGCCGAUGGCAGCACUUCGACAUUGGAGGCGUUCCGCGAGUGGACAAACUCAUCAAGGGAUGGCAAUCAGCUGGUCAUGACGAGACAGAAAUCACUCGACGCCUUAUCGAUCUAUUCUUUGUUGCUGUGCUUCUCGAUGCCGGGGCCGGUGAUUUCUGGAAAUUCACUGAGCCUGACACCGGGAAUGAAUAUGGAAGGAGUGAGGGCAUCGCAGUCGCAGCUUUAUAUAUGUUCAAGGCUGGUACAUUCUCGGAUGGUGGUGCCGGUGAGGGAGGCGGGAACAAGAACGAAGCAGUCGACGGCAACAUAGGCCACGGUCUCGUUUCACUUGAUAUUGCAGAGUUCAGAAAGCACUUUCAAAUAACCGCUAACAAUGAGAUAAUCAGCGACAUUUCUCGUGUCAGUCUUCUGCAAAGCGUCGGACAUUCACUGUUGAAUCUGCCUGAGAUCUUCGGGGAUAAGGGCGACCUGGAAAUAUCGUGGGUAGGCUUUCACCUCCUCGACAGUAGUAGCUCUGUAUAUUCAUCAUUUGACUUAGAUUACUUGUUGGCAAAUCGAAAGGAUGGAGGAAAUCUCAACUACGAAGUUUUGUGGUCGGUGCUACAAAAGACCCUUCUCCCUGCCUGGCCCAAAAACCGAACCCAUGUUUCAGGCGUGCCUAUCGGAGAUGCAUGGCCUCUUCAAACGCUAAAGAGACUUAAUUCUGAUCAGCAAACUCAAGAUGGCGCCUUGAAUAUCCAGCCUUUCCACAAACUGACACAAUGGCUUGCCUAUUCUCUAUCGGUUCCUUUCAUACGGGUUUUGGGAUUAGGCUGGGACAACAUUGAUCAGGGAACCGGACUUCCGGAAUACCGUAAUGGUGGUUUGUUUGUCGACCUAGGUGUAUUGAAGCUGAAGGGGAAUGUCUUGAAGGAAGGGCAGAGAAAUUCUGGGCAGGAAACCCCGAGCUUCGAUGCGACCAGUGACGUGAUUGUGGAGUGGCGUUCGAUGACUGUUGCUUUGCUCGACACUCUUCACAAACUUAUCGCCGAUCGUUUUGCACUACAAGGUGUUCGAAUUAGCAUGGCACAAAUGCUUGAAGCUGGAACUUGGAAGGGGGGCAGAGAGCUGGCAGCAAAGUAUCGCCCUGAAACUAAAUCAAGUCCAAUUGUGAUCCAGGGCGAUGGGACUUUAUUCUAG